GAAGUGAUUUGGUUAAUGACAUUUAAACCAUGCUGUUCUUGUUUUCUUUGGCUGAUUUUUAAAAAGUUAAAAAUGAGUAAAUCGUGACUUAAACUAUUUUAAAAAUGGUUAAAUGGUUAAAACUGAGCUGAUGUAUUUUUAUGUAGACUGUUAAAACUACAAAUAUGGAAGGAAAACAACAAACAGAUAUGCAUCUAAAAGCUAUGCUGAGCAAUCCUUCUAGGUUUACUCCAGCUGUUCCAGUUCCUGACUGGAAUACACCAUCUACUUCUACAAAUCCUACAACAACCUCACAAGUUCCUAUUAUAAAACCAAAUUUAUCCCUUAUGACAGUAGCAAUGCCUGGUUCAGCAGUAGGUGAACCACAUACAAACAUAAUGUUACAGAAUUGUCUAUCUACUGUAGAUCUUCAAGUCAAUCUUGACUUGGAAACAAUCAAUGCUAGAACGAGAAAUUCUGAAUUUAAUCCUUCGAGGUUUCAUGGAGUUAUUAUGCGAUUAAGAGAACCAAGAACUACUGCCCUUAUUUUCAGAUCAGGAAAAAUUGUAUGUACAGGGGCCAGAAAUGAGUAUGAUGGAUUGUUAGCAUCAAAGAAAUUUGCCAGAAUCAUACAAAAAUUAGGAUACAAUAUAAAAUUUUGUAAUUUCAAAAUACAAAAUUUAGUAGCUACCUGUGACCUGAGGUUUCCUAUUAAACUGGAAAAUUUAAAUAUGAUGCAUGGACAGUUUAGCAGUUACGAACCGGAGCUCUUCCCUGGACUAGUAUACAGAAUGAUUAAACCCAGGCUGGUGAUUUUAAUUUUUGUUAAUGGUAAAGUAGUGUUCACUGGCGCAAAAUCAAGAGAGGACAUCAAAGAAGCUUUAAAUAACAUCUAUCCAAUUUUAAGAAGUUUCAGAAAGAAUUAAAGAAAGUAAUUUUGAGGGGUCAAAAUGAUAUGCGACAUCAUUGUAAAAUUCGAAUUAUUUAUAGUCAGAUUUAAAGCAGCUCUGAGUAGGUUUAUACACCAAUCAGAAACAUUUUGUAAAUAAUGUCAUAAAUUGUAAUUAUUUCCGACUUUUUGGAUCAGACAGUUGAAGUAAGUACAUAGUGUACCACAUUCUUUAUACUAUUGUCGUUAACAAAGUGUUUAUUGUUAUAAUUAGACUACCAUUUUAUAUUACUGAUUUAUCAUUUUUACAAAUUAUUGUACAAUAUUUUGAUACUGAUAUACCUUCUUAAAAUGAUUUUACUCUUGUCCCAGAAUGUCUUGUAUUUAUUGAUAUGUUUUUUAUUAAACUGCUACAUUUUA